AUGAGUUUCCAUUCCAUGGCGACAUCGCCCCCGGUCUGCUCUUCUCCGGGACAGCCUCAUCUUGUUUCUCUUGUCUUGCAAUCGAAGAAAGCUUUGCAGCACGGUGAGGCCUUAUGUGCUCGUGCCAGCGCUCUUUCGUCCGCGUCUUCGCAGACUGCUGUCGACGUACUCGCCCUGGAUGCCAAGGUCAGAUGGAUCACUGACGCAGUCCUUGAGCAGCUGAAGGUGUGUGUGCCGCUUGGUCUAGAGUAUGUCUUUGGCAAGCUCAGGUUGUCUUUUCGCGAGAUGGCUGCGCAGGUCGCGAAGAGCAUUGAACAGAAACGCACUCAAUUCGAGGCUCAAGUUGCAGAAUGGGACGCGAUACGCUCGCAGCGUACAGACGCUCUUGACACGAUACUGGAAUCGCUUGGCGCGCAAGUUGUUCCUCCAAGCUUUCAUGCCUCCCUUACAUCCGACAUCUCGCCAUUCGGUAAUCAGCGCGAUUCUGACGAGGAGGAUAGUGCCGGACUCUUCGGCGAACAACGGCCUGACCAAAGCCCUACGCACACCCUGCGAUCAGUUGCGCGGCCAAGGGUAAACGGUACACACAGUGCCCGUAGCUCCUGGAAGACAUUACGCGACUUCGUCAAUGAACGCGACAUUGAGAAGGCCCUCGAUCGUAUAGAGAGCGAUAGAGAUGCUUUGGAUGCAAUUCUGGCGAAAACGUCCGACUAUCCAGAGUCCUUGUCUGGUACUAUAUCCAACAUUGAGAUCACUCUUCCUGAUGGUGCACCACUGCCAUCUGUCAAUGAUGUAUUCGUAGCUCAAGAAGUCGCGUCGCAUAAGAUGGCAAACCUCCUAGAGAGUCUUGCAGGACAUUAUGAUCAAAUGUUCACUGCACUACACGAGCGAGAGGCCGGGGAAGAGUUUAGUGAAGAAGAUAUUCAGCAGAUGCAUCGGGAUACGAACGAGCUGCCUGCGGUUGUGACAGAGUUGGAGGAAAGUAUAGUAAUCGUCGAGACGUCUCACCAGCAGCUUCUAAGUGCGAGGCAGACAGCGCAGCAGCAAUUAGGGCAACUACGCUGUACUCUCGACGAGUUGGAUGAACUCGGGGAUAUUAUGGCUGAGAUGCUUGAGCGGCAGCAAAUCGUUGAGCAGAACGAAAGUAUUGAACAUUUAACGUUGCUGCAUCAACAUCUCAUUCCGAUCGAGGAGCUACAUCAUCAAUUCGCAUCGUACCAGUACUCCUACAGCAAGCUCCUCCUGGAGUUGGACCGUCGGCGCCAGUAUAGGGAGACUGCGGAGAAUAUUGUUAGGGGCAUGGUUGCGCAACUAAACGCGAUGACCGAAGAGGAACGUGUGUUGCGCGAAGAUUUUAACACGGAGUUCGGGAGGUAUAUUCCCGAAGACGUGUGUAUCUUCGCGCAGAAUAUACCGACACGCUGGAGCGUCGUCCCAUGGAACGACCAGCAGGUAGAGACCCUUCUUGUGGUUGACAGCGAUUUACUUGAAGAAGUAAGUGCAUCGUUGAUUUUACGCGAUAAUGGAAGUAACAAGCAACAAUUAAAAGGCGAGAUCGCGCCUUGGAGGUAA